CAACAGCAGCAAGCAGCACCAGCAGGCAGCCCUGUAGAGCAUGGGUUCAUGUCUCAGCAGCUGCGUUGCCGCCACCGCCACCAACUCUGCCACAAACUCCGCCACAGUCUCAUCAUCGUCUUCCUCCUCGAGCAGCUCCACAACCUGUGUUACAGCCGUGGCCAACAGCUGGCUGCUUUGGCGUCGGCCCAGAGCGAGGACCACCCAAGCCGCAGGAGCUGCCGAUGAGCCGGAAGUGGAGUUGCUACCAACUGCCAGUGAGCGAUGUCAGCGACGUGGCCUUGUCUAUCGCAUACUGAAGUACAAGCGGAAGCAGCAAUGUCCACAAUUCCUGGACAGAUACUGGGAGCAACAGCCAAGCUAUGCAAAGCUGCAAAAUGACAGUGGCCUGGCGGACAUACAGCUGCAAAAUCUGGAUGCACACAAGCUGCUCAAUGCCACAGCAACGCCCAGCAAGGAGACGGAGCUACAGAACUACACUCGCCUCACGAGCUCAAGAGCUAGCUCCUCGCUGGAUUUGGAGUGGGAGCAUGAGUAUUCACAGCUGCGCCAGUACCAGCAGCGACAGCAAAAAGCGCUGGAGCAGGAGCGACAGCAGCAAUCACAGCCACAGGACAGCCCAUCCAGAUUGGCGUCGUCUCAGGCACGCUAUGCUUCAUUGGACCAAUUGACGACAGCUGCAUCGCUGGCCACCAGUCAGGGACGUUAUGCGACUAUGCGACAGGCACGUCUGGGUGGUCAACGCUAUGGUGGCUCCCUUACGCGCACCUCCUGUUGCUCGUCGACGCAGAACUCAUGGUCUCACAUCUCCACGCCCGAAUCCCUGGAGUGGGACAUUGAUGCCGAACAGGAGCAGCAGCAACAGUUGCGGCAAGAGGAUGACAAUUUGGAUGACGAGACACUCAAGCUGUUGCAUCAAAUCGAACAGCUCAAGCAUCAUGUGCUCCAGGAAACGGGCGAUGGCCUCAGCUUGGGCAUGGGCGUGGGCGUCGGUGUGGGCGUGGCUGUGGAGGAGCUCAGCGAUGAUCUUCAAUUUCGUGCGUCGCACUUUGGUGCGGCAAACGGCUCUGAAUUGGAGGUGCAUAUUAGUUGAUUAGUGCAAAUAACACUGUAAAUAUAUAAAUGAUGUACAAGAGACCUACAAAAGACCUGUGUGUGGUAUAUUAAUCUAUACUAUAAUUAUAUGAUUAUUACAGCUGACAAUUACAAAAAGUAACAGAAGUGAUUAGGAAAGAAUUUUAAGAAUGCACUCUACUAAAAAAACCAACUAUUUAUUUUAUAAGCUCGACACACUCCCGACAAUAUCCACUUAGCAAAUGUUUAGUAGAAUUUGAAGUAAUCAGUUGAAUUCAAAAUUAAGCUUUGAAGCCCUUGCAGACAUAUGGCAUAAACUAUAAUACUCCGAUAUCUGUGGCCCGGUUUUGAUAAGGUUCUUGCAAAAAUUUCAAAAACAUUUCAAAUAAAAUUCAUAAUUACUGCGAGGUAUAUUUUCAUAAUAAUUUUUCUCUGACUGAAAAAUACUUCAAAUUUCAGCCAUAUUUAAUGGAAUUGAAAGUCAAGUUUGGCUAGAAGAAAAUACGGAAAGUCUGACAAGCAAGUGGAAAUAAAUAGCUACAGACCAAUGAUAAACUAAUUUUAAGUUUAGAAAUGCCUCCUUUAAAAAUAAUGUGCGAUCAUAAAAGUAUAUCUCAAAGAAUCUGUAACAAAACUAUUGCGCAAUUUAAGUGCCUAGCAAAAUACACACAAACAAUUUCUUUUAACUCUGGUGCUACCGAAUUAAGAAAGAAAUGCCACAACAACAACAACAACAAACUUUAUCCUAUACAACACACACACACACAUAUAUUUAAAUGCCUUUUAAAUCAUAUCGCUACAAAGAAUUGAGAAUACAGUAAUUGAACUAUAUGGCAAUUAUAUUA